AUGUUAUCAGAGCUGGACACCACAAAUCUAUCGAUAAUAAACAUCGAUAAGGUGCAGCAUUACGUCGCCCCUCCAGUGCUUGUCAUUAAGGGUGAUCCAUCAAAACGUCCGCUAGGAUUUAGGGUGUUCGACGCUUGCGCGGUAGCCUCAGGGGUUGUAGCGGGACAAGGAUCUCGUAACAGCUUGAUCAAUAUCAGUUCCGAAUCACGCGUUCGCCAGCGAAUUGGCGCAGUCAGCGUGUCCGUCAGAGUAAGAGAGUCAGAGAUGGGCACCCACCCUUAG